CCACCGCGAUGUCCUCCCUGGGGGCCCUGGCUCUGCUGAUCGUCGCCCCCGCCGCCGCGGGCCUGAAGGUGGGCGAUGGCGCGCACAACCUGCUGACCGAGGAGCCGAUGAGGUACAGGCAGUGCAAGGCCAUCGCGAUGGAGCUGCAGGAGGGCGAGCGAUUAGAUUUCAAGAUGGGGGGCAUCAGCGUGGGCGUCUUCCACGCGUCGCACCUGCCGUUCGUCGCCUCGACGCUGGUGCUCGUGCCGUUCAAGAAGGGCAACCACUCCAUGGCCGCCACCUUCGCCUCCCACACGUUCGGGCCCGCCAGCGGCGACAAGGCGCAGAUCGCGGUCAUCGACGCCUAUUCUGGAGACCAGCAGGGGAGCAUGAGGAUCAGGGUCGCCGGCAGGCAGAACCAGCGGCUGGGGGCGGCAGAGCUGCAGCCCGGCUCCGCGGUGACCCUGGACGAGAACACCUACGAGGUCAGCCUGACGAGCGCGGCCGAGCAGAGCACCAAGGCGGUCCCGCUCCACGCCGCGGGGGGCACCAGCCACCUCGUGCUGCGCGUCGGGUCCGAGGAGUUCUCCCAGGAGCUCCUCGUCAAGCCAGUGGGCUGGGUCGGCUUCGACGACAUGAAGAUGGCGGACGGCGAGCAGCGGCAGGGGAGCGGCGCGCUCCGGUCGGGCAUCGGCCUGGUCGCGGCGCCGGCGGCGGCUCUCCUCUGCUGAGCGUGAGCUGCGCCCCGCCCCGCGCGCGGUGGCAGACGCGGGGCGCCGUCGUCUCGCCCUUCAUGGUGCGCCUCCAGCUGCGUCUCCUGCGUCCGGCCCGCCCUCCUUCGUCCUCCCCCUCCCUCCCUCUCCUCUCCUCCUCC